AUGAUCCGCAAGCUGACAGCGGAGGUCAACCGGACAAUGACAGUGAAAUUCCCUCUGGAACGGCGUCUGGCAAUCUACGGCUUCGUGAAAGGCACGGCCCACUCUGAGCUUGUGGACAUUGACGAGGCCGAUGUGCUCCUGCUUUGCCAAGAAGGCCCCUUAGGCUGCUUCUACUACUACUACCCGUUCGCCUCCGAAGAAAUGGCACAACGUGUCAUGGACGACUGGCGAUGGAAGGUUUUCCCACGGUCGUUAGUCCGUGUUGUUAGCCUCCAAGAGGGAACCCUUCAGCAGAUGCGCAUCAGCCGUGGACUUUGGUGGAUCUCAGACCUAGAGCAUAGGUUAGGGCCUUUGCUGGAGACCUGA